UCCAAUGGAAAACUCGGCGAUGACUUUCUUCGGAUCCUGAAGCUGGUCGCCAAUGGCGAGAACUGGAUGAUGUACAAGGAGCGACUUCAACGGUCCAUAGACGCUCGUGGGCUGCUCGGCCAUUUGGAUGGCACUGAGACAAAGCCAAUUGACCCCCAGACUUUGUCUGGCAGAGGAGUGUCAUGGGUACCGACAACUGUAGACGGAUUAAAAGAGGUUAGCACAUACAAAAUGGAAUUGAAAGAAUGGCGCACCGGGCAAGCCAUAACGAAACAGCAAAUCACGGGAAUGAUUCCUGAUUCCCUAUUCAUUCAAAUCAAAAAUCUAGACACAGCUAAAGAGAUCUUUAUGCACCUUUCGAGUUUAUUUGAGCAACACUUGCGCGUAGUCUCUGUCGAGCUA